UCUCGAGUGGGAGUCGAAUCUUUCUCCGGAAUCGUUUGCUUUCAUUUCUGCACGAGCCCAUCGCGCGCGCCGUUUCCUUCUCUUCGCUUCGAAUCAAAACAAACGUCGCCCGACGCGCUUCGGUCGGUUAUUCUCCCGUAUCUCGGACGGAUUAUUCGGUGUUUUCUGUGAAAUAAAGGCGGUCAAUAGAGCCGGAUAAAGAUGAGUGUGGAGGCGUACGGGCCGAGCUCGCAAACGCUCACCUUCCUGGACACGGAGGAAACGGAGCUUCUCGGGGCCGACACGCAGGGCUCCGAGUUCGAGUUCACCGACUUUACAUUGCCCAGCCAGACCCAAACCCAAGGCCAGACCCAGAGUCAGCUCGACAACCAGGUAAACGGGCCUGACGGAGUUCUGCCCAACGGAGAAGAUGCAGUGGUGAAGACCAGCCAACUUCUGGCCGAGCUGAACUUUGAAGAGGAUGAGGAAGAUACUUACUACACUAAAGAUCUGCCCGUGCACGCCUGCAGCUACUGUGGCAUCCAUGAUCCAGCAUGUGUGGUUUACUGCAACACCAGCAAGAAAUGGUUUUGCAAUGGCCGGGGCAACACCUCUGGCAGUCAUAUUGUGAACCAUUUGGUGAGGGCCAAAUGUAAGGAGGUGACGCUGCAUAAGGACGGGCCGCUGGGAGAGACGGUUCUCGAAUGCUAUAACUGCGGCUGCCGUAACGUCUUCCUUCUCGGCUUCAUCCCGGCUAAAGCAGACUCUGUCGUGGUGCUUCUGUGCAGGCAGCCGUGCGCGAGUCAGAGCAGUCUGAAGGACAUUAAUUGGGACAGCUCUCAGUGGCAGCCGCUCAUCCAGGACCGUUGCUUUCUGUCCUGGUUGGUGAAGAUCCCAUCCGAGCAGGAGCAGCUGAGGGCCCGUCAGAUCACGGCCCAGCAGAUUAACAAACUCGAGGAGCUCUGGAAGGAAAACCCAACAGCGACCCUGGAAGAUUUGGAGAAACCUGGAGUGGAUGAGGAACCUCAGCACGUUCUGCUACGCUACGAAGAUGCCUAUCAGUACCAGAACAUUUUUGGUCCACUGGUCAAACUAGAGGCUGACUACGACAAGAAACUCAAAGAGUCCCAAACUCAAGACAAUAUAACUGUGAGGUGGGAUUUGGGACUGAAUAAAAAGCGGAUAGCUUAUUUCACUCUGCCCAAGACGGAUUCAGGUGACAUGCGACUGAUGCAAGGAGACGAGAUCUGUCUGCGCUAUAAAGGAGACUUGGCUCCACUCUGGAAAGGGAUCGGACACGUCAUCAAAGUCCCGGACAAUUAUGGAGAUGAGAUUGCCAUCGAGCUGCGCAGCAGUGCAGGGGCUCCCGUGGAGGUGCCGCACAACUUCCAGGUGGACUUCGUGUGGAAGUCGACAUCUUUUGACCGAAUGCAGAGCGCCCUGAAGACGUUUGCUGUGGAUGAGACCUCGGUGUCUGGCUACAUCUACCACAAGCUGCUGGGUCACGAGGUGGAGGACGUUAUCAUCAAAUGCCAGCUUCCCAAACGCUUCACUGCGCAGGGCCUGCCGGACCUCAACCACUCGCAGGUACAGAGCUUCCCAGACUCCCCUUCACCUCAUUCGGCCAUUUGA